AGUACUUCAUUAGCAAUAACACCGUCCUGCUCUUCCCUCGUGAACAUGCGUUGCCAUUUAACAAAUUCUUCCUUUCUGUCAACGUUCUUCAGCGGCACAGGUUUUCUUCUCUAACCAUUGUUGGCCCAUCAACGUACUGAUAAUCACAGAGCAACACCAACAUGGAAGGAAUUCAACACAGAACCGUCGAAGUUAACGGCAUCAAAAUGCACGUCGCCGAGAAAGGAGAAGGUCCUGUUGUGUUGUUCCUCCAUGGCUUCCCGGAGCUCUGGUACACCUGGCGCCACCAGAUCCUGUCCCUCAGUUCCCUUGGUUUCCGAGCCGUCGCGCCGGAUCUCCGCGGCUUCGGCGACACGGAGGCGCCGUCUUCCGUCUCCAGCUACACCUGCUUUCACAUCGUCGGCGAUGUCGUGGCUCUCAUCGAUUCGCUGGGCGUGGAUCAGGUGUUCCUCGUGGCUCACGAUUGGGGAGCUAUCAUUGGAUGGUACCUCUGCAUGUUUCGUCCUGAGAAAGUGAAGGCCUAUGUGUGUCUCAGUGUGCCUCUCAUGCCCAGAAAUCCACGAGUCAAGCCUCUUGAUGCAUUCCGAGCUUUGUAUGGAGACGAUUACUAUAUCUGCAGAUUCCAGGAGGCGGGGAAGGCGGAAGAUGAGAUAGCUAAAAUUGGAAGCGAACGUGUACUGACGAAUGUGCUUUCAAGUCGCAAACCUGGCCCACCAAUCCUUCCAAAAGAAGGGUUUGGAUACAAUUCAUCAAAUGCUGACUCAUCAUCAUCACCAACUACCUUGCCUUCUUGGCUCUCCCAAGACGACCUUCGUUUCUAUGCUUCUAAGUUUGACAAGUCUGGUUUCACUGGAGGCUUGAACUACUACAGAAAUUUCGACCGGAACUGGGAAUUGACAGCAGCAUGGACAGGAGUGAAAGUGAAAGUGCCAGUGAAGUUCAUAACAGGAGAGUUGGACUCUGUGUACACUUCGCUUGGCACGAAGGACUAUAUUCAGAGUGGUCGUUUCAAGGAAGACGUGCCAAAUUUGGAACAAGUGGUGGUGCAGCCACGUGUCGCUCAUUUCAAUAACCAAGAAGUUGCUCACAACAUUUCCGCUCAUAUUUAUGACUUCUUCAUCAAGUUCUGAUCUCUAUCUCACCCUUACAACAUUGAUCGACUCGCAUGCAUCAAGAUAAAGGACUUGUUAUAUUUUUCUCCAAAUUUGAGUCAGUGUCUUAGUUUUAUCCGUUUAAGUUAGGUCGAAGGAUAUUUUUGUCUUCCAACUAUCCUAUCUUAUCAGUACUCUAAACUUUUGUGUGAUAUAAUUUUUUUCUUUCAAUAUUUAAAAAUAAU